AUGGACCCUGCCCCUGAUCCGGCGGACGUCGAGGUGUAUGAGAUGCCCGAUGCAGGAGCAAGUGUAGGGACUACGCAGGGUCAUGUGUCUGCAGAAGAGGCGGCCGUGGCGCACGAAGCGAAGGUAGAGGAGAACGACCUCCAGGGUGAGGACGCCGACAAUGGCAAUGACGCAAUCGAAGACGGCGACGUGGAUACCUUGGAGGGCGGUCAGAGUGAGGCGGACCAAGAAGGCCCCGAGGAGGUGAAAGGGAAUGGUGCAGACGCCGAAGACGCCGCAGGCGAUGCCGACGCAGGCGAUGCCGACGCAGGCGAUGCCGACGCAGGCGAUGCCGACGCAGGCGAUGCCGACGCAGACAAUGCCGAUGCAGACGACGCAGAGGCAGACGACGCAGAGGCAGACGACGCAGAGGCAGACGACGCAGAGGCAGACGACGCAGAGGCAGACGACGCAAAGGCAGACGAUGCAGAGGCAGACGAUGCAGGGGCAGACGAUGCAGAUGCGGAGAGCGCUGAGGCAGACGACGCAGACGCGGAUGACGCAGAGGCAGAUGACACAGAGGCAGACGAUGCCGACGCAGACGACGCCGAUGCAGACGAUGCCGAUGCAGACGAUGCCGAUGCAGACGAUGCCGACGCAGACGGUGCCGACGCAGAAGACGCGGAUGCGGACGGCGCAGAUGCAGACGCCGCUGAAGCAGACGCCGCCGACGACAGCUCGUCCCUAUCCGACGAGCUCCCGACCGUGCGGCUGACCUUCCAGGGCCAGGACUUUGCCGCAUUUCCGGCCGAGGCCCAAGACAGCGGCCCGUUUGUCUAUGUGGAAGGCGAGGAAGGGUCCGACGAGCUCGUGCGUGUCUCAGCGCCGGAACUGCGCCUUGCCCCGGCCACAUUCUGGGAGCCACUCGAUGCGUUUUUCGCGGCCCUGCGUGUCAAGGAUGCACUAGGCGAGUUUCUCGAGGAUGGCACCGAGCUGUGCUUGUCGUUCCCCGACCUCGAGUUGGACCUCAUGGAGGACAAUGUAUAUGCGCGCGACAUUACGCUGCACGACAUUUCCCAGCUUGCUCUGGGCUUUGGGCACCAGGCGAGCCUGCAUGUCGUCGUCUCGGAAGAAGUGCGUUUCAUCUCCCGAUACAAUGAGCUUGCAAUGCGCAUGAACGGCGCUGCCGACGAGGUCGACGUGAGCGACGCGCAAGACGCCGGGUCCGAGGCAGGGAAUGGCGAUGAGGGCACAGCCGAGGCGCACGAUGCGCGCGCCGACGAUGUGGCUCUGCAAGAAGACAUGUACGAUAUGGACGACGAUGCUGGCGAUCAGCGUCCGUACGACGAUGCAGACCAUGCCGCCUACGAGGACGAGGCUGAUCCGCUGCAUGCGCGCGGCAAGCGCACGGCCGACGAGCCAGGCGCCGGCGAGGCGGCCAAGCGCGCCAAGACCGGCCCGGCGGCCUCGUAG